ACUAGGUAUAUAGGGCCAGAUUGAGCCAAAAUGUCAACCCGUCUUGUAAAUUGCUCACGCAUUCUACAGAAGAGAUUUGUAUUUCCAAUUCAGUAUCGCUAUAUAUCCCAGUCACGCAUCGCUAUGGCGCCCACCAUUACCGACGCAAUCACCAAAGACCAUCGCGAGCUAGAGGACUACUAUAACAAGAUCCUCAGCGCGAGCACCGACAAGGAAAAGACCCAAUGGCAGAACCAAUUUACCUGGGAACUCGCCCGGCACUCCAUCGGCGAGGAACUUGUCGUAUACCCUGUAUUCGAGAAGAGCCUCGCCGAUGGCCAGGCCAUGGCCGACAAGGACCGGAGAGAACAUAACUCAGUCAAAGAAGAGCUGAAGAAAUUCCAAAAUAUGAAAGCCACGGACCCAGAGUUCGAAUCGACCAUCAAAGCCCUAAUGGCGGAUCUCUCCAGCCACAUCAAAGAGGAAGAGCAACAGGACCUGCCGAAGCUGGAGGAUGCGAUUUCCAGAGAAGAAAGCGAGAAGCUGUCAACAUCCUUUGGCCGUACUAAAAUCUUUGUUCCUAGUCGCUCGCAUCCGAGUGCCCCUGAUAAGCCGCCGUUUGAGACGGCUGUUGGCUUGUUGGCGGCGCCGAUUGACCAUCUGGCGGAUCUGUUUCGAACUUGGCCGCAUACCUCUGGGAUGCCGAAUCCGUCUUCCAAGUAGCUAGCCUAGUAUCUGAUUGUAGCAAGUGAAGAUAAAAUGGGGUUUGGUUUGUUGUAUUUGACCGGUUCGUACGACAGGAGCCCGGGCUACCGUCGUCAUGUACUACUAGUAACUUCAUUUGCGUCAAUUUAAUUUAUUUCGCAGUCUAGUUAUAGCUGAGUGAUAUGUAGUAGCCUGUCACUACUGA